AUGGACACAUUCCUCGCUCUUCCUGAUGAGUUGAUGGUGAAAGUCUUCACGUUCUUGCAACCUUCAGAACUCGAUGACAUUUUCAAGCUCCCGGAAUUGUGGCUCACACCUCCAACUCAUGGCAACCGUCAUUACCAACAUCUUGCUAUCUACGGGAAGUACCAUGGAUCGAAAGUCAUGGUUGGAUCUGGCCACCAAUCGGGGAACUUGGGCCUUAUUCUCGACCGUUUGCAACUUGAUUACUUGAUCGGGAACGACAUCUUCAUCACCCCAAGUGAGAUCAACGUGGUGAUCCAGCACGACAACUGGACUUGUCAGACUCCACUAGUGGAGUAUUCACAUUACUUCCUGGCCCUCACCACUGAUUACAACCUUUUCUUCAGACUCAACCCUGACCAAAUGGUUGACUUAUUCUCGUGCCAAUCAUUUAACAACUUGACCAUCGCUCUUGAUUCCAUCAAGCAAUUGACCAUAGAACAUCGGAGAUUGUUAAAUAAAGAUAUAUACGAUAGAGGAGGUGUAUAUGAGACAUCAAAUGUGCUGCCUGGGGCUUCUCUUGAACCCUCAGGAGGUUCUAGAGGGACCAUCUCUAAACUCCCCGUCCAAUCUUUAAAGCUCUCCCUCUACAACCCACAAACGUUGAUCUCCCACAUCUCCAACAUGUCCACCUCCUCCUCGUGUUUGAUCUGUAGCAACCUCAACCAUUUGGACCUCUCCUACAACAACAUCGACAACUCCAUUCUCCGAGUCAUCGGGUCGUUCCCACCUCUGUUGGAGCACCUCAACCUCUCAAAUAACGAGAUCACCUCUGUAUCGUUCCCCAUUCCACCGCAGCUCAAGUCACUCAACUUGGCAAACAACCACGUCGUUGACAUCUCCCCGGUCGUGAGCGGUUCAGGCUCGUUGUACUCGUUGAAUCUUGCGUGUAAUGGUCUCACCUCCACCAUGGGGGUGUCGCAGUUCUCAGCUCUUCGCCAUCUUAACCUCUCACGAAACAGAAUCAACUCCUUGUUCAGUAUGGACGGUGCGGGUUUGGCCGACCUCCACCAGUUGCGGUACCUUAACCUCACGGGGAACUACAUGCCAGAAUUCUAUCUUGAAGCUGAAGAGGGCGCACUUCCCCCACGGCUCGAAGAGAUUGACAUCUCCUUUUGCAGAGCAGAGGGUGGAUGCCACGCGUUACAUGAGCUGUGUAACGUCAUAGAGAGUUAG